CUAAAGGGAGCGAGGCGCAAUCUGCGUGGAGGACACCAGUCUCUCGGCAAGCUCCGCGAGCCAAUGGCCUCCCAUGGCCGUUUCUAGGGCGAGUGUUUGAGAUCAUGGACGACGAUUCCUGCGCUACGCCGAUCCCCCAGGAUCAUCUCCACGACGCGAUGGAGGGCGCCGAGGUCGCGCUGCGAUCCACGCGCGCCUCGCGCUGGCUCAAGGACGAGACCAUCACGCUCGUCCAGGCCAAGCGCGUCUACGAGCAGGAGGUGGCCGAGGCGGCGAGCCGCGGCCAGAUCGUCAACAAGGAGCAGAAGUGGAAGAGGAUCUCCAAGAAAUGCGAGGACGCUGGAGUGGUCCGCGACGCAUCGCAGUGCCGCAAGCGCUGGCAGAACAUCGUCCGAGACUACAAGAGAGUCAAGGAUUGGCAGAACAGGAACUCGCGGCAAUCCUACUGGCUCAUGUCCGUGGAGGAGAAGCGCGAGAACAAGCUCAUCGUUCCUCCGGUUUUCGACAAGGAUAUCUUCGAGGAGCUGGAUCACUUCCUCGCCAACAGGCCUGGAGUGCCUCCCACGGUGUAUGAUUCGGAGAGGAUCGUCCACCAGCAGCACCAUCACUUCAAGCGGCAGCCGCAGGUGGACGAUGGCGCUCACGAUCACGCCGCUGCCGCGUUCUUGCAGGCCGGGGAUUUGUGUCCUCCAUUGCUCCAGAUCCCAAACGCUCCAUCGUCCAACGACGAGCAGGGGAUUUCUUCGUCCGGGAAGAGGAAGCGGCCCAAGCCGGCGCCGGCGGAGGAUAGCAUGGACAGGCUCGAGGCGAUCUUGGAGAAGAACACCAAGAUCGUGAUCCAGAUGCAAGAGAGGAUGUGCGAGAAGCACGAAUCACACCUCGAGGCCAUGGUUCACGCCAUUCAAGAGAUGACCUCCUCCUUGAACAAGAUGAUUGACAAGCUCUAAGGUUUUUUAAAAAUCUAAUUUUAGCAUAUUCAGUUUUUCGAAUAGAAUAUUCUUUAAGGUA